UAUAGUUUAGGGGGUAGUUUUGCGGGCGGUGGGAGCUAGUUGGUUGAACUAAAAGUGCAAAUUUCGCAUCGGAGAACAAUAGAAUAAUAAUGUCUUGUUCGGAGUACGGAUCGCACAGGUAUGACGACCUGCCGCUUGAGAUUGUUUUGAAAAUUUUCAGCUAUCUUGGCUACUCUGACCUGCAGGCAGCAGGAUCCACCUGUCAGAGAUGGCAUGCCGCUCUGGAUCAGGCGGAGUUUAAUAUGCGCACGCGCGUCUGCUUCUCCAAAGUGGUGCUAUCGGAUCAACUGAGCCCCGGUGUGGAUCUUAUGCGGUGCGAGCGCCGCUUUCAGCACUUUAUGUUCGAGGAUGUGACUCUGGGACAAGUGAAGGAACUAAUGCGGUUUAUGGGCAGGACGGCCCACUCUCUAGCCCUGGACAAUGUAGAUCUUAACGACAAACAGUUCUACGGAAUGCUGGGCGUCUUGCCCCAUCUUCAUUCGCUGUCGUUAAAGCGCUGCCUACCACUGUUCAUGUCUGGAUCAUUCCUAGACUCUUACAACAACGCCUGCCCCGAUCUGAACGACUUGGCUAGCAACCUGGCUGGAAUCAAGGAGCUAACACUGUGUGAGAAUCAGUACCUCACCGACGCCAUUCUUAUGCGUCUCACAUCGUUCAUGCCCAGCCUGGAAGUGAUCAACAUGUCUGGCUGCCACAUAGCCUUUCACAACGCUAUACAUCGCAGAUUUUACCCCGCCACUAGCUCCUCUGAUCACGUUCUGCCCAGCGAAUCGGUGCUGACCUUCAAGUUCAUUCUUACCAUCCUGAACCUGCAGCGACGCACUUUGCGCGUAUUGGACUUUAGCCACACGCUGAUUGGCCAGGCUUUGUUGGCCCUCUGCGACCUCAAUCUUCAGCUUCAGCGUCUCUAUUUGGCCGGAUGCAGGCAGCUAAACUGCAACACUAUCAGGAGCUUUCUGGCCACCCAGCCGCAGUUGAGCUCUCUGGAUUUGUCGGCCACGAUGUGUGUGAACGAUGAGAAUCUGGGCGCCCUGGUACAAACUAAUCCACACCUGGAGCACUUAAAAGUGAACAGCUGCUUAAGCAUCACAAAUGCUGGCGCCAUUCACCUGGCAAAACUAAAGCGUCUUAAAAGCCUAGACAUCUCCAAUUGUGACAACUUGACAAGUAGUGGCAUUAUCGAGGGCGUAGCUAGUGAGGAAAACCAUGUUAUGCAGGAGCUGAAUGUGUCUUAUUUGCAAAUAUGCGAGGAGUGUAUCAAGGCCAUUGCCAGUAAUUUGCGCUGCCUGCGAUCGCUGCACCUGAAUAACUGCGUCAAUGGAGCCACCGAUGAGGCUAUUCAAUCGGUUAUUGGUCAGUUACGUUGGCUUCGUGAACUAUCCCUUGAGCAUUGCAGUGGGCUAACAGAUGCAGCUCUCACAGGCAUUAACAUAUCCAAAUUGGAGCUGAGUCGAAAGCAGUCGGGUUCGCAGGUGUCUUCAAUGGAAAACUUCUAUCCGCCGUACGCUAACACGUUGGCGGAACGAGACAGCCUGGCGGGAUCACUGCAGUCCAUCAAGAUAUCGCUCAGAAGCAAGGCCGAGGAUGAAAUUGUACGGGAUGCCAGACGAAAACAGGCCAUGCUAGCAGCCUACGAAAUGAACCUAAUACGCGAGGAUGAUUUUGAGGGUCACAACAUACAGCAGUUGCGGGGAUUACGGUCGUUAAACCUGCGUGGCUGUAAUAAGAUCAGCGAUGUAUCGUUAAAGUACGGCCUGAAGCAUAUUGAGUUAAGGCGGCUUAUGCUUUCGAACUGCCAACAAAUAUCGCUGCUAGGAAUGGAGGCAAUGGCCAGUAGUUGUCCCUCUAUUGAAGAGCUCGACCUGUCCGACUGCUACAACAUUACGGACAAGACCAUCCAGGUGGUUACUGCUAAAUUGCCCCGGCUACGUGCCUUGCAUAUCAGUGGCUGCAGCCAGUUGACCGAACACACGCUGGACGCCAUCAUUACCAACUGCAGCUGCCUGCAGACGCUUUCCAUCUAUAGAUGCCGAAGCAUGUACACCGAUUUAGAGGAGCGUCUGUCCGGCGUGAAGACAUUGCGCAACCUGAACAUGGACAAUCUGACAAGUAUCGAUAACGCCGAGUUUUUCCGCCUGAAGAAGCGACUAGAUUACUGAUAUUUCGCCGCCAUUUUUAUUGUCCUGAUUUUGUACUACUUUCAGUUGUACAACUUCCGCUAGUCAAUCGUCCCAGCCGCCGGAUAUUUUUAUUUUUAUCUAACGGCCCCCAGCAGCUGGGCUAUAGUUGUGAAAGCUUUAGUCAAAUAUACAAACAUAUAUACCGCAGAUAUAGACGAAUUUGCAUAUAUACACUCAAUUUUACACUUACCGCACACAUUUAGAUUAGGAAAAUUACAAGUCUCGAUUGUAAUGCAAUUAAAUUUUCAUACGUAACGUUUGUCCACAUUCAACUGUGAUUUUUGUAUGUUACGAAACGUAAAAUAGGUGUAAACGAUGGUAAAUUAUGUGAUCAGUUGCCUCAAUUGAAAUUGUUUCCUUUACUGUUGAAUGUUAGUAUUGAGUUAAUUCGUUGAAAGUUAAACAUUUGUUAAUUCGGUUUAAGUGAAAAACGCAAAAAUAUAGUUUUUAUGAUAAAUCAGAUAUUGUUACUGUUAUUUAAUAUUUUUAAACUGUCAAUCGUUGAUAACAUAACAUAGAUUUAAUAGGUCAUUUUGUAUUUGUAAAUAAGAACACAAAUGAAUAAUGGUUUUUACAAGAAUAAACUAAAAGUAACUAAAUAAUUGAAUGAAUGUCUAGAACAAUUUGAAGUUACAUGCUUUAUUGCAUACGAUCUAGAAACGAAAUAGAUACUAAGUAAUUGACUGUUUUUACACCAUUAAAAAGAAUUAACAUUUAUUGAAAAACUUUUGCUCUCCUUUUGUAAAUAAUUCUACUAACCAGCAUUACUUAAUAAAGAUUGAUGUUAAAUCGAUA